AUGGCAAAAAUAGAAGAUAAUGUAAAAUAUCCCGCCGAUGUAAAAGCACCAGCAGAUUUUAUCCUGGUCUAUAAAAAGAACAAAUCGGACGCUACUUUAUUUCAAAACUCGGAGUUCUUUAAAAAUUUGAAACAAGCAGGUUUGAUCCUUGAACCCGUCGAUGGAGUCAAAUAUACCGAUUGUGUUUUUGUGAAAAUAACCGCAUCCGAUGCGUCUUUAGAGCAUUUAGCAACUGUUCACGGUUUAUACGCAACGUAUCAUCGUGAUAGAUCAAUUCCACAGUACUCGAAAAUGUUUAGUAUUUUUAAGAGUAAGAUCUCCUUAAAACCAAAGUUUGAUGAUCCAAUGUUUCUAAGAUGCAGCAAUUCUGUUCGAGGACAAGAAAACACGACUUUUACAAGCGCAGAAAGGAUCACAUUAAUUAGUUACGUUUUAGACAGAACGAAAUAUGGUGGACUGCAAGAUGAAUAUGGUUUAGGGAAUUUAUUAGCUACCAAAAAUUUUGACGACGCCUUUCCGUUACAUGAUGGCCCGGCAAAGUGGAGCGAGACUGGAAUAUUAAACGACAGACAAAUUUUAGCUAAAUACUGGGGAAAUUGGAUAAGGUUUUAUCAGUUCCAACCGAUACAUAUUAUCUAUAAAUAUUAUGGAUCGGACAUCGCCUUCUUUUUUGCUUGGUUGGAAUUUUUUUCGAAAUUGUUGGUUAUUCCGACUUUUCUUGGAUUAUUUGCGUUUGGAUGGGCUUAUGUUGAUUUAAAUAUAGCUGACAGAACUAUUAAAAGGGUAAAAGAAGUUUGUUCUUCGACAGUACAAAUCUGUCCACCUUGUACUCAUCAGCACUGCGUCUACGCAAAUCUGAGUGAUUAUUGUGGAUUAGCUAUGACAACUUAUUACGUCGAUAACAACUACACAGUAUUUUUAGCUAUUGCAGUAACGAUAUGGGCAACGAUUUUCUUGGAACUGUGGAGUCGCCAGGAAAUCAUCUGGCAAUACAAAUGGAAUUUAAACAAAUCUAUUCCACAUAUCGAUGAAAUGGCUAAUUAUAAAGUACGCGUUCAUAACUACUUAAAAUAUAAUAAACACACUAAAACUGAAACGCAUUAUACCCCGUUUUACAUGAAAUCGGAACGAAUUCUAAUUUCAAUUCUUGGGGUUAUUGGUGGAGUUAUAAUUGUAAUCCUUACAACAGCAACGAUUGUAAUUUCUGAACAUUUUAUCUCAUACUAUAUUCUUAAAUACCGUAUAAAAAUUGCAGUGGAUCAUCUGCUUUUGUUACUUAGAUGUUAUGGUUACUUUGUAACGAUUGUACUUAUGCGAAUUUAUAGUCCGUAUUUAGCAAAACUAGCUAAGGUAUUGACGGAUCAGGAAAUUCAUAGAACCAAAACUGAAUAUCUCAAUGCGUAUAUUUUGAAAAGUUACACAUUGGCUUUUUUUAACAGCUAUAUUAUGACUUUUUAUAAUUGCUUUGUGAAAGAAAGUAUGUAUACCAAUCCGGGUGAUUACAAAAUUUUCCAUAAAUAUUUCGGAAUCGGCGCGGUUUUAUGUCCACCAUCUAUGGGGUGUUAUGGAAGAAUAUUCUUAAUGACGGUUUUUAGUAUAUUAAAAAGUUACAUCUUGAUGUUCUUUUAUAAAAGUUACCUUGUUGAGCUUCUUAUUAUGGGUGUUAAACACCUUUAUAAAAUCAUUUAUGAAGAAAUAACUUUAAACUACGAUCGAGGCCCAGAACUUCCUCAAUGGGAAGAGGAAUAUAGCUUGAAACCGAUUAGUUCGAUUUUUUUCGCUAACGCAUUUACGAAAAGAAUACUGGAAUAUGGAUUGUUAACUUUUUACAGCGCAACAGUUCCGGUGCUUCCCGGACUCGUAUUACUAAACAAUAUCGUUGAGCUAAGAUUAACUGCGAUGUCACUUAUUAGACAUUCGAGAAGGAAUGUUCCAAAACGAGUUCUAGGGUUGGGAUCGUGGAAUAAUGUUUUACAAUUUGUUACAAGAUUGAGUUAUCUAAUAAGUGUAAAUUUCAUUUUAUUAUUUGCUUUGAGACAAUUCUAA